AUGGAAACAAAGAAUUUAAAAAAUAACUUUAGCUUUUCCCACACGCAAUUUAUUUUGUUUGGAUUUCCAGGAUUCUCUGAUUCUAGACAUCUCCUAAUUUUCCCGUUUUUCUCUAUAUAUGUGGUUAUCCUCUCUGGAAACUCAAUCAUCGUUUACAGGAUAUGGGUAGAAAAAACUCUCCAGCCCCUGAUGUAUUCACUAAUCUCUCUCUUGUUUGUGGUCAAUAUCUCCUGUACUACCGCGGUAAUGCCAAAGUUUCUCUUGGGUUUGGCUUUUUACUUGAACCAAAUUUCCUUAAAUAGCUGCCUGGUACAAAAGUACUUUAUAUAUUUCACAGUCAUGUUCGAGUCCAGUGUGGUUAUUUUCUUGGCUUUGGAUAGGUAUGUGGCAAUAUGCAUACCACUGUGCUACCAUGAUAUAAUGACCAAACAUUUUCUUGUAAAGUUUAUCAUUAGUGCAUUUCGCUCUGUGAUCCUUGUUUCUCCAAUAGUGAUAUCAGUUUCCAGAGUCCACUACUGUAAUUCCAACAUCAUCACUCACUUUGAUUGUGAGAACAUGGGCCUUCUGAAUCUGGGGUGUGGAGAUAUCACAAAAACACACAUCAUUGGACUCAUCGUACGAAUCCUCAUCACUGUGAUCGACGGAAGCUUUCUCUUUGUUUCUUACCUACAAAUUCUUCAUUCAGCCAUGAAAAUUAUAAUAGGAAAAUCCAGACAGAAGGCUCUGCACACAUGUUGCACACACGUCAUUGUGGCCAUGUUAAUUUAUACCUGUGGAUUUAUCUCUUCCAUGGUCUACAGGAUGGGCAGUUCUGUUUUCCUUGAUAUACAAAAUCUGGUGGGUGCAAUUUACUUCUUGUUUCCUGCUGCAGUCAACCCAAUUAUAUAUGGGCUACGGGUGAAGGAAAUUAAACUGUGUUUGCAGAAGACUUAUGGGAGUAAAAAGCUGAAGACUGAAGGGUCCUCAUUGAGUAGCCAAGUGCUUGUUGUUCAUCAUACUGGUCAAAUAACUUCCAAAAUUAAUUAA